CUCCACUCCACUCGAAGGCAAGUUUCCUCAACUUCGGAUCCGACUAAACAACAUCUUUUUCUUCUUUUAUCCCAGUGCCGGCACCAGGCUGUUUGUUCCCUUUACAUUUGGCUACCAACUGUGCAUCGUUUGUUGGCCACCAGCUGCAGGUAUGUGUUGUUUCCGUUUUUUUCUUUUCUCUCUUUCGCGCUCUCCAUUCUCCGCGUCUGCCUGUUGCAGCCCCCCCCCCUCCUCUUUGAGCCCACAGCCCGCUGCAAGAACGCAGCGAGAGCUCGGUUGUCUCUCCCCAGUCACUUACAUCGACCGUGUUCCCAACCGAGCUCGCCUGCACCCCACUCCCCACACCUCCCACCGACCCCCCCCAGCAUCGAGGACAGGGGCUUGAGCAGAUGAAAAGAGCAUCAACAAUCAGCAGAAAGCUUAAGCUCCCCCAGCUUGCCGUACUUUCUUCAAUUCAUUAUCGGCUACUUGAUCUCCCUUUGUCCUUCCUCGGCAGCUUGCUUCCAUUCCAUCUCAGUCAAAUCGUCCUUUCUUACAACCUUUCUUAGGUGGUGGUAGGUAAUGAAGGAAACGCGUCCAAUUUGGAGCUCUCUAAAACCGGGGCCCCAAACUUUUAGUGGCUCUGGUUGCCGUGUCUGCCUUCCCCCCCCAGCACAACCUGUUUGAACC